AUGUGCCACACUAGUUGUUCCUCAGGCUGCCAGCCAGCCUGCUGUGUGUCCAGCCCCUGCCAGCCAGCCUGCUGUGUUCCUGUGAGAUGCCAGGUGACUUGCUGUGUACCUGUGAGCUGCAGGCCCACUGUGUGCAUGGCCCCCUCCUGCCAGUCCUCUGUAUGUGUGCCUGUGAGCUGCAGGCCAGUCUGUGUGACUUCCUCUUGCCAGUCAUCUGGAUGCUGCCAGCCCUCCUGCCCCACCCUGGUCUGCAGGCCUGUCACCUGUAGUACCCCCUCCUGCUGCUGA